UUGGAGAUAGCUUUCAGACGUACGCGGUUUGCAGCUAUCUUUGUCAGAAUCAUUAUUACAAGAAUAUAGUAAGUGAUUAUUUUUUAUGUGUCUAGUUAUGGUUUUCAGUGUAGAGGACGAAAAGCAAGUUACUAAUGUACUCUGUAGAUUCAGACAAUUAUUUUAUUUCUCAAACCGUUUUUUGUUUUAUUUUUUCAGUAACGGGUCAGUGGGCAUCGACUUCAUUGUAACGUUUAACGACACAACUGGCGUGCAUGAUAUAAAUUUACAGCAAGAAUUUCUCAAUGCACUUAAUGUUACAAAUAAUGGCACAUUUCUUGUGGAUAGCAACCUUCAAGUGACCAAUGAGACUGAUCCGACAUUUCAAGGUAGCUGA